GUACCGAUAUUAUUAAGUGCCCGAUCUUCAAAUUGCGAAGGAGUCCAUAAUUUUGCACAUUGAAAAAUCAGUUUCAGUAGUUCAUCGUUUACCCAAAUGCCGAGCGUCAACGCGCUCACAGCAGGGACGCUUGAGCUGUUUUAUUUUAUCUGAACGCAUCUUCGACCGGGAAUAGUUCUUUUCGACGGGCUCUAAAAGAUAAUCUGUUCCAAAUUUGUGUGUAGUGAAAUAGUAGUUAAGAAAACAACACCACGAUGCAGACCAUCUCUGAUUCCAGUAAAGGAUUUAUCCAUUUGCAAUUCAUAAUACGAUUUGCCGGCGUCAUUGGAAUGCUGCAGUCUUUGGGGUGGCUCGGUUUAUCCAUAAUGGGCAUCACGGCGCAUUACUGUGCAUUUGAUAAAGUCAAUUCAGAAGAUCAGUCAGUGGCAGCCAUUACACAGCAAACGUUCUAUCACAUGUAUUUUGGAACCUGUGGUUCCAGUUCCAAAAUUGAUUUCAACUCACUUGACAAAAUCGCAUUAAGACUCGACUACCAGCAGGUUAACACAUGGGUCUGGGUAUAUUUUGCAAUACACAUACUGUGGUUUUGUAGUUCAGCAAGUUUAAUGCGAAAGGUUGCCACAAACCGACUUGUCUUACUAAACACAAUACUCCUGAUAUGGGUUCUCAUAACACUGGCUAUAAGCGCAAUGGAUUUAGGAUUAGGUGUUCUCUUUGGGCUUGAUUACGGAGAAAUUUUGGCUGUCGCCAGAACUGCUUUGUACUUCGAUGACAGCCCAGAAGUAGCAUCAGUCCUCCUCGCCGGAAUGACAUCAUCAAUAUCAAUGAUGAUCAUCGCGUUACGUGGUUUCGUCCUAUGGGUUAUCAACGUUGCAUUACUGUCUUACUUCUUCGUACAAACAUUCAUCAUAAGUAAGGCUCCAACAAAUGUGUAUGGACAUGACAACGAAGGAUUUGUGUCAGAAACACAGUCGGAUAUUCUGCGGCAACCGAUAGACGCCUAUGCACCAACUAACAAAGAACCAGAUCGUAACUCCGGAUCAGUACAACUGAACGUUGAACCUUUGAAACGAGCGAAUGCCAUGUCGGUGGAUUCACUACUGCAACGACAUUAUCAACGGUACCCGCCUGGUAAUGAUACGAAAGAAGAGAAUGAUCUUCCUAAAAAAAAUGGUUAUGCUGUAUUAGCUGAUACUAACACUUUCAAACCCUACCCGCCCGUUCCAGAUCCUGAUUAUAGUCCUCAGAUGGUACGUUCAGAUACAGCUGCAACCAAUCAAUCAAACAGACCUUUAAAAUCGGCUCUUCGGAAUUCUAGAUUUCAAUGAUGGCGAUCAAAGGAAAUAACUCUAAGCCUAUGAUUGAAGCACGUUCGGCAUUGUAAAUUAUUACUAUUUUUACGUUGUAUAAAGUUUAUACAAAUUAGUGACUAUGUUCUUAAUUUACUACUAUUUAAUAAUAUAUUGUUAUUUUUGUU